GAGAAGGGGAAAAAUCAAAAGAGGGAAAGCACAUUAGACCAUGCGAGCUAAAUUUGCGAUCGUUCAAAAUCAGGAUGUUAGAUUAAUGCAGAAGACCACUUCGAUCCAAAGGGAAAGUUUUCAUCUCACGAGUUUGGAGCAGAGGGCCCGUGGGGCAACAUGGCCGAAGCAGGGGCGAGUAAAGGUGGAGACGAGCCCGGGAAGCUGCCGGAGCAGGAAGAAGAGGAGGAAUCCCAGGUUUUGCACGGAACAGGCCAUUGCAAAUGGUUCAAUGUGAGGAUGGGAUUCGGGUUCAUCUCCAUGAGCAAUCGAGAGGGAAGCCCCUUGGAGUCUCCCGUUGAUGUCUUUGUACACCAAAGCAAGCUUUACAUGGAAGGAUUUAGAAGCCUAAAAGAAGGAGAACCAGUGGAAUUUACUUUUAAGAAAUCUUCCAAAGGCCUUGAAUCAAUACGGGUAACAGGCCCUGGUGGGAGCCCCUGUUUAGGAAGUGAAAGACGACCCAAAGGGAAGACAGUACAAAAAAGAAAACCAAAGGGAGAUAGAUGCUACAACUGUGGUGGCCUUGAUCAUCACGCUAAAGAAUGUAGUCUACCUCCACAGCCAAAGAAGUGCCAUUACUGUCAGAGCAUCAUGCACAUGGUGGCUAACUGCCCCCAUAAAACUGUUUCACAACAGCCCACUAGUUCUCAGGGAAGACAUGAAGCUGAACCACAGCCUUCCACUUCUGCUUUCCUGAGAGAAGGGGGAGCACCGUACGGCUAUUCAUCUCCAUCGUAUUCUCAGGAGGGAAGGUCAGAGAUCUCAGAGCGUUCAGGCAGGUCACCACAAGAAGCUUCUUCAAGUAAGUUAUCUGCAUCACCUGAAGAACCAAGCAGAAAGGGGCCUUCUGUUCAGAAAAGGAAAAAAACUUAAUAGCUUUUGUCAUAACUUUCCAUUUUCUUUAUCCUUUUGGGAUGUCUACCUCAUGCAAUACAGGGGAAAUAAUUUCAUUAUCAGUAGCUGACCUGGAAUUUUAACUACUGUUGAGGAACUGUGAAUUUUUUUUUUCUUUACUAGACAAAUCACUCCAAGCAAAAUACAUGUGAGCAGGGUGUGUUAUCUUCUGUAUGUGUGUGUAUGAGUGUGCACGCGCGUGUGUGUAUGUGUGCAUAUCUAUAAAUAUAUAUUUUUUCCAUCGAACACUCUCCAGCUCCCACAAUACAUUAUUAUGAAGCAAUAGAUACAAUAUCCAAAAAUGUUCCUGAACUCAUUCUUAGAAGCUAUUUUCAAACACACUCAAAAAAACAAACAAGAAAAUACAAGAAAUCUCUCACACAACUACACCAGACCUGAAAAACCACACACAGAACUGAGAUCAAGACUGUUACUUUUCUUGUGAACCAAAGGAUACUUUCAUAUUUUAAAGCUGCCAUAUGGUACUAACGAUACUAAGACAUCCCCAUAGCAUCAAUUUGAGUUAUUUUCUUUCUCAUAUCUAUGAAGUAUCAAUGCCUUCCCCCCGCCCCUUGUGCCUGUGAAGGGCAGUGUCAUGAGUAAAUAUGGCUCUCAUUGCCACCAUCCUUUGUUGAUGAGGAGUUUAAAGCUCCAGGAAAGACAAUGAAUGUGUAGUUUCUGUGCUGGUUUCUCAAAAUGUUUUGUUAAAUUAAUAUGGUUGUAAUUGUAAUUUAGAUGACUGUUGUAUAGGGGAGAAUGUAUAAGUAAGUUGUUACAGACCCUUUUGAGUGGUAUCAGGAUACCAUCCUGUUUAACUCUCUGUAUUCUGUGAAAAUUUAGAGGACCUUGGUGGCAGCAGCAGCAGCAGCAGC